UCACUAAUAAUAAGUUUAAAUUAUUGACAUGCUGCUGACAUAAAUAAUAUCCAUUAGGUGAUUGGAACAAUUAGUAUAGGUAUUUGCAGCGUAGCGUUCGCCUCGUAUCUAUUCUACACGUGCAUCUUUGUUUCCGGCUUCUUUAAAAUCUUGCAGCGAGAGUUGGAGAACGUGUGCGAGGUAGAACUAGAAAGUGUAAACACAAAAUCAUCAUAUAACAAUAAUGAUACUAUGCUUGCAUACAAAAAACUCAAAAAGUGCGUCAUCCAACAUCAACUACUAAUUUGGUAUUUGGGUAAACUGGAAGGACUAUUCUCCUACAUAUUGUUGAUGCUCGUAUUAUGUGCCGUCAUAAUACUCUGCUUUGCUGGGUUUCAAAUAAUUUUGGGAGAUGGAACUUCGAAACUCCAUCGUCAAAUUCUAAGUGCAGAAUAUAUUGUGACUACUUUGGUUGAAACAGGCCUCUUUGCUUUCUCGUGCAAUGAAAUAUUUGAAGCCAGCGCCGCUAUCGGGGAAGCUGCGUAUCGAUGCAAAUGGUACAAGUUACCGUGCGAUGAAUAUGGUCGAGCACUGAGACAGGGAAUGACAAUAAUGGUCAUGAGGUCCUACAAGCCGUGCUCAUUGACAGUUGGCAAAUUUUGUCCCAUGACUCUGGAAGUGUUCACUUCCAUACUGAGUACGUCAUUAUCCUAUUUUACGGUGUUACGGUCAAUGAAUGAAAGCGAGUGAUGAAUUUCAUAAAUAAAUCUAGAAGCUGAUGGGUUUCAUUUGGAUAAAAAGUAGAAUUCCUUAGAAUUUUUGUUAAAGUGUUUAAAAAAUGAAAAAACACUGUACACUAUGGGGUGCAUGAGUAUAAUGUAUUCUACAUAUAUCGCACGGUACUGACUUAGUAGGCAUAGUUCAAUGAGGCAAUAAUGACAUUGUAGUGCUAAGGGAAUUAUAUUACAGUAUUUAUAAAAUUGCCUUUCAAUUCUAGUAAUUGCAAUAAUCGUUUUACGGAACUCUACAGAAAUAUAAAGUGUUAAUAAAUAUAAUAUUUGAUAGGGAAUUAUAAAAGAAUUACAAAUA